GGCGGCCGGAGAUGGGCGCCCGGCCCUCGCGGCGGCGGCUGCCCGCGGACCCGCCCAUAGCCUUGGACGCGCUGCCCCCGGAGCUGCUCGUGCAGGUGCUGAGCCACGUGCCGCCGCGCGCGCUGGUGACGCGCUGCCGCGCAGUGUGCCGCGCCUGGCGCGACGUGGUGGACGGGCCCACCGUGUGGCUGCUGCAGCUGGCCCGCGACCGCAGCGCCGAGGGCCGCGCACUCUACGCGGCGGCCCAGCGCUGCCCGCCCAACGGCGAGGAAGAGGAGGAGUUCCCGCUCUGCGCCCUGGCGCGCUACUGUCUGCGCGCGCCCCUCGGCCGCAACCUCAUCUUCAACUCCUGCGGAGAGCAGGGCUUCAGAGGCUGGGAGGUGGAGCACGGCGGGAACGGCUGGGCCGUGGAAAAAAACCUGACACUGGUGCCGGGGGCUCCUUCCCAGACCUGCUUCGUGACUUCUUUCGAAUGGUGCUUCAAGAGGCAGCUUGUAGACUUGGUGAUGGAGGGGGUAUGGCAGGAGCUGCUGGACAGCGCCCAGAUCGAGAUCUGUGUGGCCGACUGGUGGGGCGCCCGAGAGAACUGCGGCUGCGUCUACCGGCUCCGGGUCCGCCUCCUGGACGUGUACGAAAACGAAGUGGUCAAGUUCUCGGCCUCGCCCAACCCGGUCCUUCAGUGGACGGAGAGAGGCUGCCGACAGGUCUCCCACGUCUUCACCAACUUCGGCAAGGGCAUCCGCUACGUGUCCUUCGAGCAGUACGGGAGGGACACGCGUUCCUGGGUGGGACACUACGGCGCCCUCGUGACUCACUCCAGCGUGCGGGUCAGGAUCCGCCUGUCCUAGCCUGCCAGCCCGCUCGGCCUUCCAGGACGCACCGCCCUCAGCCAGACAUC